AUGAAACGAGCUAAUGACAGAGAAUCUGCAGCCUUCAAGAGCCUAUGUGGGUUCCUAAGGAACCGGGUCACACCUCUGCCCUGGAUUCAUAGGAUUCCUCAUGAGAAGAAAAAGGAGAACAAAAAGCAUGAAGAUCUUCCAGAAGGCCAUCACUCACCCCAAGGUCAGAUGCUGCAGGAUGUGGAGGGUGUCUGGAGUGCUGGCAGCAAGACUCAGGAGGAGGGAGAAGAUGGGGCUGCAGAGGAAGGACCUUUGCUCAUCAAAAGAGAACCACGCAAAGAUACAGAGGUCCCCUGUGACAGCAAGGCUGCAGGGCGAAGCUGUGAAUUAUCCCCCCCAAUAACAAAGAGCUUCCGAAUAUAUGAUGUGAGUCCUCUUUCUUCUCCUAACCUGUUGCAGACGGAGAAGAUGUGUCCCCACAGAAGGGCACGUAUGGCCCGCCUACCCCAGCAGGGCCCUUUCCGGCACCUCAUGGACAUGAAGGCAGAGAAGAGACUGGCGGGCUGGAAGGAACGCCGUAGCCGCUUUGGUGACAUCAGCAUGCACAAGUGCUACCAGUUUGGGCAGAUCUUCUCUCCUUUCCAGGCUCUGGCCACCACGGAGAUGCGAAGGCUAGUGUUACCCCGAGACCUGCCCAUGAGUUCUCGAAUGCAGAGAAUAAGUACUUCAUCCUACGGUGACAUGAAUCUCCAGGAUUUACCCCUGUCUCCCACAGAGCUGGGCUUGGAAAAGGAUGACAGCCAUCAUGAAAAAGAGAAAUCAGUGAGCCACAUUAAAACACCUUUAUUCCCCCCAAUAUUUAAAGCAACAAAGUAUAAUGACAUGAAAUAA